AUGGUUACGCGUCAGCAAAGGCCAAGACGUGACAGGAGAAGACUUAUAUCUGCAUUUGGAAAAUUAUCUAGGGAACAAACUCAACAAUGUCUCGAAGGUGAUGAAAACUUCAUUCAAACAAUGAAUAAUAAUAUUUAUACGGAAAGUUUUGAAAAUAAAUUUCUUCAAACAACAAAAGAUUUUUAUUGUUCAAAAGAGUUUCCUGUUAUUGAAUCAAAUGAUAAAAUGUUGGAAUAUUUGAAAAUGGUAACAGACUAUUUUGAUUAUGAAAUCAAUCAAGCGAAAACUUAUCUACCUGAAGAAAAAUCAACAUUAACAACAUUGAUAUUCUUAUUAGAAUCAAUAUUUUUUCCAACUGAUAUUUUCAAUAUUAUUGUAGAAAAACUACAAUUACUCGUAGCAGAUGAGAAUAACUAUCAAGUUCUGUUAUUUGAACCAAUUUAUAAAUUAACAAAAUUAAAAAAUGAAUUGUUAAAGUUAAUUGAAACUCAUGUUUACCAAAAAGCAAUUGAGUCUAUCACUGACGAUUUAAUUAAUAAUCCCUUGUUUUACAUUGAAACAAUUGUUAAUAUUCAUGGGAAGUAUCUAAAACUUAUUCAGGAAACCUUUGUAGGGGAUCAAAGUUUUGUUGCCAGUUUUGAUAAAGGUUAUGCUAAAUUUAUGAAUCAAAAUCCAAUAUCAAAAACGACUGGUAACACCAUGACAUUUGCAGAAAUAUUCGCUCGAUAUUGUGAUACAUUACUGAGAAAAGGAAGUAAAGCUGUAAAAAAUGAUAAUUGGGAUGAAAAGUUGAAUAAUAAUUAUUCAACUUGA